UUCAGUCAAGCAUGCAUCCAGCAAUGUCCUUAAAUCUUCAGAUCUUUGCGGUCGCUGUUUUGCUUUCCUGUCUGAGUUAUAGCAUUGUUGGUCAGACAAUCAGUGGACAGUCUGAGAUCUUUCAAAGUAAAAGACUUUCUUCCAAARAGUCAGAUAUUUUGAUMAAAAGCAARAAAGUAAGCAGCAAGCUGGAGUGUACAAUGAUUUGCUCCAGGACAGACUCCUGUCGCUCUGUCAACGUCGAGAAAAGAACCGGAGUACACAAGUUAGAUUGUGAGCUUUUAUCGAAGUCAAAGCGUGAUCCGAACACCAUGUUGGAAAAGAGAGACGACUACGACCACAUUGACAUGAUUGACCCGUGCAAACAUUCUUGCUUGAAUGGAGGAACCUGCACCGUUACGUCACCAACUGGAUAUACUUGCACAUGCGCAGCAGGUUUUAAAGGACAUAACUGUCAAUCAGAUAUCAACGAGUGUUCUGAUCCUCAAACCUGUCACGUUGAUGCUGAGUGCAACAAUACUCAUGGUUCCUAUUUCUGCAAAUGUAAAACAGGAUUCAAUGGAGAUGGACAGAAGAAUUGCUCAGAUAUCAAUGAAUGCGCUGCAAGUUCACACAACUGUGACUCAAAUGCAGUUUGCAACAACACCAAAGGGUCCUUUAUGUGUACAUGCAAGCCAGGGUAUGUAGGGAACGGGCAAGUUUGCAUUGCUACCAGAGGACUCGAGAAAUCCUCCAUUCUUUCUAACUAUGGUAAUGACAGCUAUCUGCAGGUCCUAACAACAUAUCUAGAUCCUGUAUUGCAAGAUUGCGGCACCAGCAAUUGGAACCUUUGCUGGCAUGCCAGGUCAGAUGGAUGGGACGUUGAAAAACAAUUUCACCCGAAAUGCGACGGUCGUGGACCCUCGGUUACCAUUGUUCGCGUCAACCAAUACAUUUUCGGGGGCUACACUGACGUAUCUUGGCACAAGAAUCUUGGUUGUACUUUUUCAAAUCAGUCGUUCCUGUACUCGCUGUACAGCAUCAAGGGAUAUCAACCCGUGAAGCUGAACCUGACAGGACUAGAUAACAACAAAUAUGCUAUUCUUGGUUAUGCUACGAAUGGACCAACUUUUGGCUGUGAUUAUCUUCGGCCCCCUGGCCUUUAUAUCUCAAAUAAUGCAUCGAGUAACUUCCAGUCCCACUCAUAUCUUGGCCAGCCUUACCAAAAACCCCCUAAAUGUAAAAUCUCAUGUAGUGAAUUCUUUGUUGGUAGCCGGUCGUUCAAACCAAGUGAUGUCGAAGUCUUCUAUGAGACUACGUCCUAA